AUGAUCGUCAGAGCAAUGGCCCCUCCCAAAGCACAUCCAACAGGAGAAAGACAGACGCCUGAAGACAUCUGCAGACAUGAAGACUGCACUCAAGCUGCUGCUGUCCCUGGCCUUAGCUGUGGCUCUGUCCAUCAACACAGCAACAACUACAACUACAGCACCAGCAACGAAUACAACUACAGAACCAGCAACAACUACAACUCCAGCAACAACUACAGCACCAGCAACAACUACAACUACUGCACCAGCAACAACUACAACUACAGCACCAGCAACGAAUACAACUACAGCACCAGCAACAACUACAGGACCAGCAACAACUACAGCACCAGCAACAACUACAACUACAGUACCAGCAACAACUACAACUACAGUACCAGCAACAACUACAACUACAGCACCAGCAACGACUACAACUACAGCACCAGCAACAACUACAACUACAGAACCAGCAACAACUACAACUACAGAACCAGCAACAACUACAGCACCAGCAACAACUACAACUACCGCACCAGCAACAACUACAGCACCAGCAACAACUACAACUACAGAACCAGCAACAACUACAGCACCAGCAACAACUACAACUACCGCACCAGCAACGACUACAACUACAGCACCAGCAACGACUACAACUACAGCACCAGCACAACAAACUACAACUACCGCACCAGCAACAACUACAACUACAGCACCAGCAACGACUACAACUACAGCACCAGCUACAACUACAGCACCAGGAACGACUACAACUACUGUACCAGCAACGACUACAGCUACUGCACCAGCAACAACUACAGCACCAGCAACAACUACAACUACAGCACCAGCAACAACUACAACUACAGCACCAGCAACGACUACAACUACUGCACCAGCAACAACUACAACUACAGCACCAGCAACGACUACAACUACAGCACCAGCAACGACUACAACUACAGCACCAGCAACAACUACAACUACAGCACCAGCAACAACUACAACUACUGCACCAGCAACGACUACAACUACAGCACCAGCAACGACUACAACUACAGCACCAGCAACGACUACUACUACUGCACCACCCACUACAACUACUACUACUACUACUUCACCACCAGCAACAACUACAGCACCAGCAACAACUACAACUACUACACCACCCACUACAACUACUACUACAACAACUUCACCACCUACUACUACUACUUCACCACCUACGACUACAAAAACUACAACACAAGCAACAACUACAACUACUACUACUGCAGCCUCCUCUGCUGUGUCUGA